GUUUGUCAGUAUUAAACAAGAAACACCACGUGAAGGUCCCAUUCAGCUCCGGGCGGUUUUCUAAACUAUUUCAUGUAUAACGUGCCUAAUCUGGGAUUUGUUUGGCAAAACUUUGACGCCAUUGUCGCCGGUAUUGUCCGCAGUAUAGAGAGGGCCCACUCGGCGGUCACCGACGGCCGGAUACUCGUCAACAGCGGCCAACUCUUGGACACAAAUAUUAACAGAAGUCCCACCGCUUACGAGAACAACCCUCGGGCCGAAAGGGACCGAUACGGGGCCAACACAGACACCACUAUGACAUUGCUUAAACUCGUCACCACUAGUGGCCAACCGUUGGGCGCCGUCGCCUGGUUUCCCGUCCACUGCACUUCAAUGAACAACACUAAUCAUCUGAUAAGCGGUGAUAACAAGGGCUACGCCUCUAUGCGUUUUGAACAAGACAUCAAUGGCGGUACACUUGUGGGCAAAGGCCCGUUUGUGGCCCUGUUUCCCAACUCCAAUGAGGGCGACGUCUCUCCCAAUACGAAAGGCCCCCGUUGUGUGGACACUGGCCUCCCGUGCGAUGCCGUCACCAGUACUUGCAAUGGAAACGUAGAGAAAUGCAUAGCGUUUGGUCCGGGGAGUGACAUGUUUGAGAGCACACGAAUCAUAGGCGACCGACAGUAUCGGUUCGCCAAAGACCUGUACGAUAAGGCCUCGCAGGAGGUGUCGGGCCCUAUAGAGUACGUCCACCAAACGAUUAACAUGGAAAACGUGACAAUCACUUUGCCGGACAAUACCACUGGCAAAACAUGUAAGGCCGCUAUGGGUGUAAGUUUUGCAGCCGGCACCACAGAUGGACCAGGGUACUUUCCAUUUAAACAAGGCGAUACAACCAAUAGAUUGUGGCGUAAAUAUAAGUCUCGGGUAAAAAACGCGACCCGAGAGUUGUUGUCGUGUCAACACCCGAAGCCUGUGCUGCUGCCCACCGGUGACCUGAAGUGGCCGUAUCCGUGGCAGCCGUCCAUUUUGCCCACACAGAUACUGAGGAUCGGACACGUGUUGGUGGCGUCGGUUCCCGCGGAGUUGACCACAAUGUCCGGCCGACGGCUCAGGGAUGCCGUCAAAAGCGCGUACGAAAUGAAUUCCCAGCAAAACAUAUCGGUUGUGCCCAUCAUAUCGGGUCUGUCCAACACGUACUCGUCAUACGUGACCACUUUCGAGGAAUAUCAAAUACAGCGCUAUGAGGGGGCGUCCACUGUAUACGGGCCGUACACUCUGGACGCAUAUCUACAACAGUACCGACUGUUGGCCUCCCGAUUGGCCGCCGGCACCCAUAAUCAGCUGCCGUCCGGUCCAUCUGAGCCCAAUUAUUUGAACAAACAGAUAAGUCUAGUGCCGGGAGUGUUGUUUGAUUGCUCGCCCGGCGGCAAAAAGUUUGGCGACUGUAUUACCGAACCUAACGGUGAAUACACGAUUGGAUCGCGAGUUAAAGUGAGUUUUAUUAGCGGCAAUCCUCGCAAUAGUGUCCGCGACGAGAGCACAUUCCUGGCCGUCGAGCGCUUCGAUAGCAAUACUAACAAAUGGACACUCGUGGCCACCGAUGCCAACUGGGAGACCAGGUUUCUCUGGCAAAAAGUAGGCUUUCCUUUAUUUUCGUGUCACAGUAUAGCGACUAUUAUAUGGGAUAUACCCGACGACACGACACCAGGUGUUUAUCGGAUACGACAUUUCGGAGACUAUAAGGACUGGACAAUGACUGUAUACACAUAUUAUGGGAGCACAAAACAAUUUCGAGUAUCUGCUUAUCAUCAUUGA